CCUGAGAGUUUCGUGUUUUACGUGCUGCAAGUAAAAAUGACCAGAAGGACGUGUGACAGCAGCUCCAGAGGAGGGGGGUUUGAACGCCAGCGCCGUGCGUAACGAUCAGCCCGGGACAGCAGGUGGAUGGAGAGCUGUGGACAUGCACCCUUCCAGCAGCUUCUUUUGUAACCAGCAAGGAUUUCUUAUGUUUUGAUCCACAUCAUGGAGAAUUCCACCUGCUCCUCAAAACUCCCAGGACCUUGAACACCAGAUCUCCUAUUUCAGGACCUCUUACCACUUGAAACCAUCUGACCCCCUGAUCUGUCAUGGCCUUGGACCUGUUGCCUUUACUCCUGACUCCUCCCAACGUCUCCAUCCCUGAGUCCUUCCUGUGUGAUGGCUGUACUCAGAGGAAUGAGUCUGGCAUGGACCUUAAUAUUUCUGAGACCAAGGAGCUUCAUCAGGACAAGACCAGCUCAGUGGUCAUCACCUUCAUCUACUUUGUCGUAUGUGCAGUCGGUUUGUGCGGCAACACCUUGGUGAUCUACGUGAUCCUGCGAUAUGCCAAAAUGAAGACGGUGACUAACAUCUACAUCCUGAACCUGGCUGUGGCCGAUGUCCUGUGCAUGAUGAGCCUGCCAUUCAUCGCAAUGCAGCUGGCGCUGGUGCACUGGCCUUUUGGAGAGGUGCUGUGCAGGGUGAUCAUGUCAGUAGACUCUCUCAAUCAGUUCACCAGCAUCUUCUGUCUGAUGGUGAUGAGCAUUGAUCGGUACUUGGCGGUGGUCCAUCCCAUAAAGUCCACAAGAUGGCGGAAACCUCACAUAGCCAGGCUAAUUAACCUGACGGUUUGGGGCGUGUCGCUGCUGGUCAUCCUGCCCACGAUGAUCUUCAGUGGUCUGAACAAGGUCCCGGUAUGUGGGAUCAUGUGGCCAGAGCCCAAGGACGUCUAUUACAAAGCUUUUAUAUUCUACACAUUCUUGGUUGGGUUCUUUCUACCUCUGAUCGUCAUAUGCCUGUGCUACCUGUUAAUAAUAGUCAAGGUGAAGUCGUCCAGUCUUCGAGUGGGUUCCACCAAGCGCAAGCGUUCUGAGCGUAAGGUGACACUGAUGGUCUCCAUCGUGGUGGCCGUGUUCGUCCUGUGCUGGCUGCCUUUCUACAUUUUCAACGUUGCCUCCGUCACCAGCUCCAUCAACCCCACCUCUGCCGUGAAGAGCACUUUUGACUUCGUCGUCGUGCUCGGCUAUGCCAACAGCUGCGCAAACCCCAUCCUGUACGCCUUCCUGUCAGAGAACUUCAAGAAGAGCUUUCAGAAUGUUCUGUGCCUGAAAAAGGUGGCAGGUCUGGACGAGAUUGAGCACAGUGACAGCAGGGCCGACAGAAGCAGGAUGCUUAAUGGUGCAGCUGUCAUCAACACCAGCUUGGAGACCCACAAUGCCCUGCUCAAUGGUGAGCUGCAGACCAGCAUCUGAAUGUGGAGGAAGUCACAUCCAGCUGAGGGCUUCCAGACUAAUUUGGCUCCUUUGCAUUGCUUGUGACCCACAUUGCAUAUCUGCAGUCAGUGGCAUGACGUAAUAGCUGCUGCUCAUGCACACGGACACAUGAACAAAGUCUACGUGAAAAUAAACAGUUUGGGAUGAGUUUCAAAGGUUAGGCAAAGUUCACUGACUUCAGCUCUUUGAUACUUGGGUUAACAAGGCAACUUGAAAUGGUUUGCUCUGACUCUGAAAAAAAAACAAUCUUCUGUGCCAUGAUAUUCAGCACGACAGAGACAACCAAACGUAAAUACCUCAACUGUAUGUAUGAGGUUUCUAUCCGGCUCUCACAAGAAGACUGAACCUGAAGGCAAGGGUUUAAACUGCCUUGGUGAAUUUAUUAAACUAACACCUUAAAAAUCACCCCGUUUCUCUUGGCACACAGAGAAAGUCUUUCUGUCUCCAGCUGGCAGCUCUCUGCUGCAGGACCUGUAUUGAUUUGUAAGCUCUUGAUUAAUAUCUAGAUUACUGAUCAAGGGAAAGGACGUUUCAUGCUGUGCUCCAUUUGAAAGAGCUUCAUUUAGUCAAUUGAUUUUCUGUUUGUUUCUGGGGGGAAGUUCUGCGCGUGGAUGCAGAAAAAUAUGCUGCAGCAACCUUGAUUUGUUGUGAUGCAUCAAGGACAGCUCUGAUGGACCUAUGUGAAAGUCAGAUGAACUUCAUAUCUAACUGUAUUGUGGUUUUAUGUUGCUACCUUUGUCAGUGGUUUCACUUUAAAGAGCCUUUUACCUGUGUUUUAACCUGGUGGUUCUCAACCGUUUCGGCCAGCGACCUCCAAGAUAAAGGUGCCAGAGACUGAGGACCUCUGCUGUACCCGAAGGUUGUUGAACACAGCCAUGCACAAUUAGGAAUGGUUGUGAGCAGACAAGGCCGUCCACAAGGAGGAAUAAAGGGGGGAGGUUUCAGGGACCCAGUCAAACUGGGGCCCAUGGAGGUCAGCAAAACCAUGGUCCAUUGUAAAGUUAAGCUGGGAAAACCAUAUUUUAUAUUUGACCUGAAUAAUAACCACUCUGAUCAAAGAAACAAGCAUCUUUAUUUAUUCAUUUGUGUUGUUAAUAGGCUUCUUUAAAUGAAAAUAACUUAUAACAACAUAAUUGAGAUGGGUUCAAAAUUGCCAAAAUUGAUUAAUAAUGGGGAGAAAUAGUGGAAAAGGUGAUGAAAUUGGAUUUUUAAAGAAGAUAAAUGACUUAAAAGUGGCAGCAAUUAGAUAAAAGUGGCAAAAAUAACCAAAAAUGGGUUAAAGUGGCAAAAACAAUCACUAAAAGUGGAAUGUAAGGAUUGAAAAGUGGCUAAAAUGGCUUUCAAGUGCAACAAACUGGUGGAUAAUGGCACAUGUAUUAGAUGUAGUUCAUUUGUAACUCUUUUGGAAACGCGGCUCCACACUGCAUCCAAACCUUUAUUCUUAGCUCUAGCUAGCCAGACCCCUGUAGCUGGGGUAACAACUUUGUCACUGUUUUUUAGUAUAGCUAUAAAGGUCUGUGUUUAUUGAUAGUAUGGUUGCAAGAUGUAUAAAGGGUGCAGGACUGCUGACUACACAUGAUCAGAAGUAUAACAUACGUACGGGUCUGGGCAGCUACGAUACGAUCAUUUCACACAGUCGAUUGCUGGCCCUGUUUAGUCACAAAAAAUUCACAAUAAAUUCUUGUUGAGAUGUUUGUUUCUAGAAUUUGCUGCGGGCCAAUGAAAAAUUAGUUAUAUCCAAUAUAGUUUGGACACCCCUGGCAUGGAUGAUGUAGUAUGCAUCAUCAGGGCUAGAGCUUUUUGAGGGAUGUCACUGUCACAGUAGGAUCAAUCCUAUUUUCAAUCACAUAUCCAUACUUAUGUUUCACAUAUUUUAGAAUUGCACUGACAUUUUAAAGUUGUGUCUAUUUAAAGGGAAGGUCAGUAGGAUUUUCCUAAAAAAUACUUCAACAAAGGUGAUGCUACUCAGACUUCACUUAUGGACAUGCAUAGCGGUGAAUGUGCCUGCAGAGACCUUCAGCUCUGCCUGAUUGUUUUGGUUGGAUCAGGACAUUUUUGGGCGGAGAGUAGGUGUGUAUACUCCAGCCAAUGACAGCACGCAGGGGAGCGUGGGCAUGGACUAAGUUCACGGACAGGAUGCAGGUCAGACUGGUUAUACACAGCAGACGGCCGCCAUCAGUUGACAGUCAUCGUUAGUGGGUGCUGUAGAAAUUUCUAAGGUCCAGAGACACAACCAAUCAGAGACGUUGCUGUGACACUCAAGGGCUGUGGAUGCAUGUAGAAUUAUGUAGUACUAUGGAAAACAUGAAUGGGAUUUUGACUUUAGGAACCACCAUGUAUCAACGUUCCCUGGGAAACACAAUGAUGAUUGAACAUAAAAGGGGCCAUCGUAUCUAUAAUGAGUGGAGGCUCUCAAUAUUUGAACCAGUGCCUUUAUCCUUAAAGACACUCUCUUGAUCGCCCUGGCUAGCUCUCUCCUUCUAUCAACACUCACUCUUUAACAGAAACAUUAUGUUGUUCCUGCAGUGCAGAGUAACCACAGCCGGUCAGAGUUCAUUAUUAAAACAUUACCGUCACUGCAGCUCCAAGAACACAGCACGUUAGCAACAUCUUACUCAUGAAUUCAUUCAUUCAUCACACAUGCAACAGAGCAACUGUCUAAAACCAAGACAUUAUGCCAUCAACAAAAUAGUAAAGGAAAAAAAAAAAAUCAAAAUUAACACCUAGGCUGCUAACUAUAGAAAAUGAUUAGGCUACAGACUUUCACUGGAGCACUGCAGCUAUGAAAUACAUCAGCUAUAUGAUGAACAACAGGUAGAUGUUUUAAAAUGUAUCAGUAUAAGCAGACAGCUUGCUUUAACUCCUCUGUUUAAAAUAAAUAUUAUUUACCUGUAACCUAGAGAAAUUAAUUUCAUUUUUCCCUUGAUAAAUGUCUUUAUUUGAAAAACAAUUCCGCUAUCAUUUUGCUGCAGUCAAAUAUUGUUUAUUUUUGUUUUUUUUAAAUAUCAGAUUAUAAAGAAAUACUCUUUUGAAUGAAGUGGGCCAGAUCAGGAGGAGAAGAAGAAGGCAGGGACAGGAACCAAGAUGAGAGAGGAUGAUGGAGAAGAAAGUGAGGACAGAGAGCAAGAUAAGGGUGAGAAAGGAAGACAAAGCAGGGACAAGAGAGUAAUAGUGGAUGAUGUAGUAGAAGAAAGCAGGGAAAGAGGACAAGAUGAAGAUGAUGGAGGGGAAGAAAGCAGGGACAGAAAGCAAGAUGAAGAUGAUGGAGGAGAAGAAAGCAGGGGCCGGAAGCAAGAUAAGGGUGAAGGAGGAGAAGAAAGGAGGGACAGAAAUCAAGAGAGGAUGAUGGAGGAGAAGAAAGAACGGACAGUGAGCAUGAUAAGGGAGAGAAGGGAAGAGAAAGCAGGAACAGAGAGUAGUAAAGGAUGAUGCAGUGGAAGAAAGAACGGACAGGAAGUACGGCGGGGGUGAAGGAGGAUAAGAAAGCAGGGAUGGAGAGCAACAAGGGUGAGAAAGGAAGAGAAAGCAGGGGUAGAGAGUAAUAAAGGAUGAUGCCGUAAGAAGAAACCAGGGACAGGAAGCAAGAUAAGGGUGAAGGAGGAGAAGAAAGCAGGGACAGAGAGCAAGAUAAGGGACAGGAAGCAAGAUGGGGUGAAGGAGGAGAAGAAAGCAAGGACAGAGAGUAAGAGAGGAUGAUGGUGGAGUAAAAAUCAGGGACAGGAACCAAGAUGAGGGUGAGGGAGGAGAAGAACUCUCCUGAGGACAUCGGCUUUCUAAAUCUAAUUAAACAAGAUGCAGGCUAUGUUGAUGCCAUCAGUCCUCUUUGGCUGGAUGGAUUUCCAUCAUUAUUAUUUUAACUGUGGUCAGUAUCACUUGUGAAAAAACAAGGCUACAUUUGCAAACAGCAGUUUCUAUUAAUUUCAAUGAAUUUAUUUUUCCUUGUAGUAUUAAUGCCCUUGGCAUUCCCUUGUGAUUACUACACCUUUAAUGCCCUCUACUGUGUCCACUCUGUGCCCCGCUGUGUCUUCUUCCAUCAUGUCUGUGCUCAUCAUGUUUGUAUGUUACAGUGGAUUACUUUGAUCACUCCUGCUGAUGAAAAUACAGUAGAAUAAUAACCAGUAACAUGCCUGAGUUUGUCAUGAGAGGUUUGAUCUCCUGCAACUAGAGAAAAAUAAAUCACAGAGCGCAUUAAAAACGGGCACAAC